AUGAAGUGGUCGAUAUUUGUUUGUUUGCUCGUGUGCUUGGCGAGUUUCUGCGACGGCCUGGCAAUAAAAUGUUCACCUGGUGUGACGGACCCUUCAUGCACAGAAGAAAUUAAAGAAGUUGACAGACACGAAUCACUACCGGGGGACCCGACGGAGGUGCAGUGCCUGGUCGGCAGUGAAUGGGAGAGUAACUGCCACUACUGCCGCUGCUCCGAUGAGGGAGUCGCCGAGUGCCUCAAACAAGACACUUGCGAUAAAGGCGUAUUUGCGGAGCCUGUUCUCUGCAAGCCAAACACGACUUUCCAGAGAGACUGUAACACUUGCAUUUGCCUCGAGAAUGGACUUGGACUUUGUACCUUGGAGUUUUGUCGGAGAUCAGACAGCAUCGAUAGUGUUCCUGAAAUCCUCAUCGCUGAUACUGAGUUAAAUAACAAAGAUGAAGCGAGUCAACCAUUCAAAACUGAAAUCUUAGUCCCGAACGCCUCACUAUCGAGAAAAGUACGAUCACUAACUACGGAGCCGCCAAAAGCCUGCAAGCCAGGACAAGAGUUUCGGAUGGACUGCAAUAAGUGCCUCUGUGACAAUAAGGGACAGGACUUCUCCUGCACACGACACGACUGCAACGCCCUGAACAACAACCACCAUGCUAGUGCUUUCACUGGCGUAAGGAGUAAACGAGAAAUAUCCGAGCAGCUUUCGAUGCAGUGUGUGCCAGGCAGCGUGUUCGACCGCGGUUGCAACGUCUGCAAGUGCACCGACAAUGGACAGUUCGCGACCUGCUCUCUUAAACGGUGCAAGACUGAAACCGAACAUGCACCUGGUAGAAUCGGAUCAAGGCUUCCGUUGUAA